AUGACCAAGACGAUCGUCGUUCUAGGCGCUGGCAUAGCCGCCGUGUCCAUCAUCCGCCAGGUGAUGCGCAACGUGGUCCUGCCCAGUAACGAGUGGAAGUUGGUGGUUGUUUCCCCCAACACGCACCUGCACUUCCCCACGCCGAUGCCUCGCGUCCUGAUACCCGGCCAGAUCCCCGACGACAAGGUAUUCGCAGCUCUGGAUCUCCAAUUCGGGCAGUACAAGGACGCCGACAAGUUCGAGUUCAUCCUCGGCGUGGCGACGCAGCUGGACCCGACGUCCAAGAGCGUGACGGUGACGCCCAAUGCCGACGGCGGCGCCGACAGGACCAUAAGCUACGACAAGCUCCUAAUCACCACGGGGGCCCGCACUGUCGACGGCCUACCGUGGAAGACGCUGGGGUCCACGGAGGAGACGCGCGCGCUCAUCGCCAAGCUCCAGUCUGGCAUCAAGGCCGCCAAGACCAUCGUCGUCGCCGGCGGCGGCCCCACCGGCACCGAGAUGGCCGGCGAGCUUGGCAGCGAGUACGGCAAGUCCGGCCCCAACCGAAAGACGAUCCACUUCGUCUAUACCGGCGCCAGGCCCCUCGACCCCCAGUGCAUGGAGUCGGUCCAGCGCCAGGCCAAGACGGAGCUGGAGCGGCUGAACAUCAAGCUCAUCCCCAACACAAAGGUCACGGCCUCCACCACCGACCCUUCUACCGGCGUCACCACCCUCCAGCUCACCGCCAACGACGGCAAGACCACGUCCCUCGAGACGGACGUCUACCUUCCCGCCCUGGGCCUCGUGCCCAACUCCGGCUUCGUGCCGGCCGACUUGCUCGACGCCGCCGGCCAGAUCAAGCAGACCACCACCCUUCAGGCAGAGGGCUACCCGGACAUCUUCGUCGCCGGGGACGUCGGCUCCCUCGAACCCCCCAAGUUUACCGUGGCCAGCAGCCAGGCUCACCACCUCGCCGUGCAUCUGCCCCCUCACCUCAAGAGCGGUACACCCAUCCCCGUCUACGCCCCCGAUACAAAGAAUGUGCUUGCCGUCACCCUGGGUCGGAGCAAGGCUACCGGCCAGAUGAAGGGGUGGAAGCUGCCGAGUAUUAUGGUCUGGUUGCUCAAGGGACGCGACCUGUUCCUCGGCCUGUUCGAUGGCUUUGUUCUGGGUAAGAAGGUUGAUUAUACCGUGUUGGAGAAGUAA